AUGCGAGCCAUAAUUGUCACCUGUCUCUUCUUUGCGACCCAAUUACGUGCAGGUAUGAUCGUCUCAAUAGUUAGGAUUGUAAUUAGUCGAAAAAAAAACGGGCAAAGUCGUCAAAAAGAAGAUUCUAUAGCUUAUUUUUGAGUUCCUAAAAAUUGUCCAAAAAUUCUCCUUUUCUUCAACUUUUUCCGGCUUUCUGGGUCCUUUCGAGCUUGGAAGGCAAAGAAAAGCAAACAGGAAAACUCUACUUCGUAUUCUUGAGAGUUGAUAACUCAUAUGAACCUUGACUGAAUUCCUUCAAACCGAUUUAUCAAAGUUCUUCGAACUUUCUAAAUGGCUUGGAUUUCAGCAAGCAUCGCUUCUUCGUCAACGACCGCUCCAGAACCAAAUUCGAGCACGUCAUCUCCGCCCUUCGACUUGGAUUUGGAGCUGAACAAGAUACGAACCACCUGUCUAUCCGAUAGAGAUCAGGAGCAUUUCUCGGGGGACAUAGUGAAGGGGACCUUGACUGCAGCUGUCAAUGCGAACUUGUAUGAAGCGGCGCAUAAUAUCAUAGGGCUUACGGAGCUGCGUUCAGCCCUCGGGUUCGCGCCACCAACGUCUUGGAACGACUAUGAUAAGGAUCCUAGCAAAGAACCUACCGUCGAGGCCUACUACGAGCUGAAGGAGCCGAGUCAACAAAUUGGGCUACUCGCGGAAAUUUAUUACCACGAGAAAACCUUCACCUCAGCCGUUGAGUUCUUCGACAAGCGGGUCCCCUCCAUUCGCCGAAUCUAUCGCCGCAAGUUUGCAGAUCUUCGUCGUCGUCCUGGCGCGGAAGCGACAGUAGACCGGAAAGAAGUUGAUUUCAUGAUCGCGGAGUUCAGAGCCAUCGAUGAUCGCAUAGAGAAGGCGGUUUCAAAAAUGGUACAUUUAGACUUUACUUGCCUCCGAGCUGGUAGACUGCUCAAGAGUUUGGAAGCUUCGAAGAAAAGCUCCAGAAAACCAAGUCUUCGUCUCUAAUGAGGUAUCCAAUCAGAGACGUAGUUUGCGAGUUUAGAAACGUGACAGAAAUUUUGUAAAGUUGUAUAUUCCGCAGUUUGAAAAAUGCCCGAGUAAUUUAUUUAUUAGAGCAUCUCUUGAGAGAACGAUCCCUCAAUGUGAUAACAUCUUUCUGUUCAUUUUCUUUUUUUAAACAUUGAAAGUUGUUUUUUUCUUGAAUAAAGAUUUUUAUUUAUGAAUGGAACCAUUUUUCCUGUCGGUUGUGAAAAAAAGUGAAAGAUCGGGACUCAAAAUGAGCAGUUUAUUUCUUGGAAAAAAAAAAUAAAAGCUACCUGUUCCGUCCACGGUUCGCCUUCUGUAUGAGGAUUUAUGAAGACCCCAGUUUUUUUUUUCCAUAAACUUUCAACCAAAAUUAUUGACAUUUUGGCCAGCAAUGAAUCAUUCUGAAUGCAAUAAAUAUACUAAUCGGCUUUGAAUAUGUUCGAAUGAAGUGAGAAACAACGAGAAACGAGAAAAGCCGCGUUUCGACCAACAUGCCGUUAUUCAACCAGUGAAAAUGUAGGUUUUUUGAAAAAAGCUUCAAAAUUAGCACCAUGAAACGAGAAGAAGAUAUUGAAAUAAUGUUUGUUCAAAAUAGAGGCUACCCGGUUGAAGUACGACCAGACAGGAGCUCUUGAAGUUUUGCAGGAAGAGUGACCCCAAAAAUGGACUUUUUCGAUUUCCCAUGCAUUUUUCGCUUUUGUGUGUGACUUCACUAUGGAGCUGUUUCCUAUGUUUCAAUUAUUCGAAGAUUUUUCUUCAAGUACCUCUCGCCGAAAAUCAUUUAUUCAACAGUAAGUUCUAUUUAUUUGUAAAGUACCCGAAUCGCCUCUUCAGAAUCAACGUUGCAAGCGAAAUUCCCUUAUUCCAAUUUCACGUGGAACUUUUUAUUUUUGGCCCCUAGCGUUGGUUUUAUUCUAGCAAUCUUUCCAGCAAAAAUAAUCCUGAAGGUAGAGUCCAUUUUUUUUUCUUUUAAAUUUUACUGAAAGGAAUUUAUAGUGGCCACUUUAGGGUUUUGAGGAUUAAGUCUUCAGUGUCUAACAAUAGGGGGCUCUUUACAAAUCGUAGUGGUACUAUAGUCGAUGUGCCACAAGUUGAAAUUUCACGAAACGACACUCCGCUGUUUCGAUUUGUGCGAUAGCGCGCUUUUUGCGAAUUUGCCAACCUCGGCCACCACGCUAAUUUUUUUUUGGUUUUCAUUCUAUUUUUGAUCGUUUUUUACUUGUUUUUUUCCGUUAAAAUGUAUUAUUACCUUUGAGAAGGAUUGUGUUCUACAAAUGUAAACGAAAGAACACAGUAAAUUUCAUGAUCUUUCUCGAAAAAAGCGAUAAAAAAAAUUUGAAAAACUUCAUGUAUUCGUCAAUCGCUUUAAUAUUGUUUUUCUCGUUUCUCAAAAAGUUUUCAAAGGUUUACCAAAAGAAUUUGCGGGUGAAAUAGGCCGUAAACGCCACAAUAUUCUACAAAAGUUUCUGUGUUUUUUUAAUGUUUUCAUGGUUUUUUUUUCUGUUUGCAGUGGUUAAUAUAUCUUUUUCAGAAAGUGAGUGCCUUAUAAAAUGAACACGUGAAUGAGCACAAUGAAAUAGAGAGAUCGGUUUCGGUCAACAUAAGGUUAAAUCGACUCCUCUGUUUUUGUUCUUUUACUUUUUAUUGCCGUUGGACAUGAUUUUAUUGAGGGAAUCUCAACGAGAUUUCAAAGGUUGGCGAGGAAGAAAGAAGCUUAUCCAUAGGGAUAUAAGACGAGGUUAGUUUUUCAUAUCCCACUGACAUCGAAAUUGCAGAGUAACGUUUGGUUUUAAAGACGCGAUAUUUUCAACUUCACAAGUCUUUGUGGCGUUUUGUGGAAAAAAUUUUCAUCGAGGUUAAAUAUCAUUUAAUGUUCUCUUGCUAAUGCUUCUUGAUAAUUUCAACCGACAAGAAUACAAGAAUUUGCAGAAAAUGCUCAAUAUGAGGAGAUUAUUGCCUUUUCGAGCUUUGCAAUGCAACAUAAUUUGAAGAAAGCUUUUGGUUCCUUUUUUUAAAAUGGAGCUUCAGAUAAGUCGAAUUGCUGAACUAUGCGUCAGAAAUGGGGCGUGAACAGUGGGAACUUGGAACAGUGGAAACGAUGUGCUGAACGAAAUGUCCAGAAAACUAAUGAUUUUUCCUUUGAACUUAUGUAUCUGUUUUUUUUUUGUUCAAAAUUCGUCAAUGUUGAAACAUUCAUUGUGUUUUAUUUCUGAUCGGGAUAUUUUUUUAAAUGAUUUGAAAAAUUACAAGUGAAAAUGGAAGAAUGUUGCAUGUCAGGGACGUUGAAAUCAAUAUUAUAAACGCAUUUUUUCGCUUAAAAUUCGAAAAUUAGUCAACUUUAUUUGUUUCUAAUGAGACAGUCUAUCCACUAGCUAUGAUAAUCAUGAGUUUGGCACGAAGAAAACUAUUGAAACAUAAUUAAAACAGUGAAAUUUUCAAAUGAAAGAAAAAAUGAAAAGCGCGACCGAAAUUCGCAAAGGCAAGGCGCUUUCACGACCACAAGGCCCCAAGCGGAGUGUUGUUCCAUGAAAUUUCAAGUCGUGGCACAUCGACUAUACCCGAGAACUGAAAACUACUAUAGUAGCCACUAACACACUUGGCCUUAUAUAAAGGGUGGUUUUAGUGGUCCCUUUAGUGUCUUGAGGAACUUCUUAAGUGGUCACUAGAACUUUCCCAGUAAGGUUAUGGAAAUCUUUUUUGCAGAACUAUCAAGGAAGCCUGAUUUUUCUGUUUUUCGGAGUUUUAGUGUCAAUAUCGACAGCUUUUCAUCCAACGGCGGCUUUUUUAAAUGUUCAUUUGCUGAUUUUCACUCGAUUAAUUCAGGUAUUGGUUUUAUUUUUUUGAUAUCUUUUUAAAAAUCGUUCAGGGCGCUGCUAUUCUGAUUUCAAUACCCAUAGUUUCAAACCUUAUUCGGAAUAUACCUCAAGAGUCCAUUGAAAAGGGAUGGCUCCAGUUUUCUUUCGCUCCUCAGGUAUUUUUCAACAUAAAACUUCAAGAAUGAAGUUUUACAGGUGUCUAUCUUAUUAGUUGCAAGUAUUUCCCAAACUUUUGAUGGAUGGGAUAUUUUAUUUUACGUGGUUGCAGGGCUGAAUAUCAUAUCUUUCACAUCUUUUCUCUUCUCAAGGUAAGGAUUUUUUAAUUAGGAGAACAUUUAUAGAUUUAGAAAGGAAGACAAGUCUGAUCCCACGCCUGAAACAGAUUCAGAAUUCCCAAUAAAGGUUAACAAUAAAUUAGAUAUGAAGCUUGGAAAUUUCUAUAAAUUCCACUAAAAAAACUCGUUAAUUGAAAUCUUCAUAGCCAAAAUCUGCGGAAACUUUAAUUUUUAGAUAUUUUCGGAUAAAUAAAGUUUCAAAGUCCGAAUUCACAUCUCAAAAACUAUAACUUUGUGCAAAUGGAAUUUCAGAGAUGUAUUGGGCAAAUUUACAGAAAUUUCCAAGCUUCACACUAAAAUGACCCCUCUUGUCAGCUUUUUUCAAAAAUCGAAUUCCAGGAAGUUCUAAACGACGUCUCGAUUCUAUACUGUCUACCUGUCUCCUUCGCUUUUUUCUUCGCGAACCAAAUUUUAUCACAAUUCACUCCAAAAAUCCUGCACAUUAACCUGGGAUUCACUCCUUCCAACACACUUUCCAUAAGUCUAAUCCUUGAAGUUUGAGCCCGGCAAAAAGAAUCGAAAAUUUCGGGAGUUCAGGCCGCAGAAAUCCUUGUUAAACUUCUAAUAUGCUUGAUUGGAUUUCGGUUCACCUUUCUGAAUCCGAAAAUAUCGAUAAGGGCGUUCAAUACUAUAGCGAUUCUUGGAAUGUCUACUGCUUGUUUUGGACUAGCUUUCAAGUGAGUUCGAAGUUCUGAGAGAAGAAAAAGAAAAAAAAACUUAGAAAAAUGAUUUUUUUUUUGUUGGUUAUUUUAUUAUAUUCUAUUUCUGGACAACAAAAAUAGUUGUUCCUGAGCCCCUGUAAAUUAUAAGACUUUUUUAAACCGUGUCAAGACCCUUUUUCUAUAAAUGUGACACGUUGCCUCAAAUGGUAUUUAAAUUUGCUAUAAACUGUCUCCAGAAUAAAUAGACCCGAAAUUAAAUUAGUCAGAUUAAAAAAAUAAAAAAAAGGCAGACCAAAGCGCGAAAAAAAUUUUUGGAGUGAGCAAAAAAGAAGUACAUGCCGAAUAUUGGCGGCACCAGGCUUUAUCGAAGAUUGAGUUAAAAACAAUUUUUUUCCAGAGAAAAAAGAACUCAUUUUCAGCAAUGAUCGCCUUAUUUCGGCAAUCUACCUGCUUAUUUUCAAGCUUUCCUCCCCUUUCGCCUUUUUCGGAUUUUCGCGGAGCUUGGUUUUGACUUCGCCGUACUUUUUUUCUUCAUUUUUCUAAAAUAAAUACUUAUUAUAGGAGAUUCGCAUCGAAAAUGUUGGAAUAUGUCUUCUUCAUCAACAUCGCAGCUAUGGUCAUGGUUCCCUUGACCGUAACUAUUUUUGAGUUCAUUUUUCCAGUCGGAAAUUGGAGGUUUAGUUGAAAUUAGUAAACUGAGAAAAAUUGAACUUUCAGCAUGCUCUGGAUGUUUAUUGGAGCGCUUUUGAUUUCUUCUAAUCUGGUAUUUUUGAUAUUGGCCCAAGCCGAAGAAGCGGAAUGGGCAAAGCCAAAAAAGGUCGAAAUCGGCGUGGCUCCAGUCUCUCACCCAAGACCUGCCGAGUUUUCCGCGUCUCUAGGUGAUAGAGUUCGUUUAUCGUUACCUUACUUCAUAUCAUAUAUGUAUUCGUCAUGACUUGAAUCUGUCUGACCUGUCUGAGCCCUCUUCUCUCUCGUCGAAGAGGUCCUAGAUGCAUGUAAGGACAAGAGACCGAGUGAGAAGAAAGCGCAGAAAAGUCAGACUGUAUAAAUAUCGAGAUUUCUCAACGAAACGACAUACCGUUCCAGGUUACAGUAAUCGUACAGACGCGGGGCUUGGACCGUUGCGAGACCUGCAGACGGCACGGCAUCGGCGUCAAGCACGAAAAAUGCGCCAGUCGUCAAAUUCCGACUAG